AUGGACGCCACCUUCCUCGUGAACAACUACACGGCGCCGGCGCUGGCGGCUGCGUACCAGGACAGAGAGUACACGCUCUGGCUGUGCGCCGAGCUGCUGAGCGAGGGCAAGCUGGACGAACUGGAGGCGGUGCUGAAGCCAUACCACGACUUUGCUCAGCACGACAUGAACGCACAGAGGAGUACGCCCCUUGCAAAGGCGUUCGGCCAGCGCCACCUCGAGCGCAUCCGCAAGCGGUUAAGCCGCCUGCCCCGACAGAUCACCAAGGCCUACUCAGCGCGCGCGGCCGUGGUCAUCCCGCUGUGCACGUUCGAGGGCGAGCCGUCCGUGCUCUUCACAUUGCGCUCGCUCACCGUCGGCAAGCACAAGGGCGAGGUCUGCUUCCCCGGAGGCAUGGUCGACCCCACCGACUCUUGCAUUGAAGGCACGUGUCUGCGCGAGAUGAACGAGGAGGUGGGGCUGGCGCCUCAGGGCGUGGAUGUGCUGGGCGUGCUGCGCUGCGACUGGUCCAGCGUCACGUCGAUCACGGGCAUUGCCGUCACGCCGGUCGUGGGCUUCAUCGGCGAGAUGAGCGACCAGACCGUCGCCAUCAACGAGCAGGAGGUGGAGUCGCUCUUCACAGUGCCGCUACGCGACCUCAUGAACCAGGACAACUGGGUUCGCCACAGCAACGCCACUCCGGUCUUCACGGGCGGCCCGCACGUGAUCUGGGGGCUCACAGCUUAUCUGCUGGACAUCUGCCUGUCCGAAGUGCUGAAGAUCAGCGACUAA